AUGGUAGGCGUUUGCCGUGCGGAUCAGUUACUCCAGUGCAUCCUUUGGAGAUCGUGCCCGGAUGAACCCGUCAAAUCGUACAAGUUGACCACAGUCACUUAUGGAACUAGCGCCGCACCUUACCUUGCAACAAAGUGUCUGCAACGCUUAGGAAGUGAAGGCGAAACAACACAUCCUGUCGCCGCAAAGACUGUCAAGAAGGACUUUUACGUCGACGACUUAUUAACCGGAACAGAUAAACUGGACGAAGGCAAGGCUCUUGUAGCUGAUUUAAUAGAUCUGACAAACUCAGCCGGCUUAAUUUUGCGAAAAUGGAGCUCCAGCAGCGAUGAGUUGCUUUCUGACGUUCCUAUUGGGCUUCGGGAUGAGCGGACUUCUUUCGAACUGGACUCGUCAACUUCUGCAGUAAAAACGCUUGGUUUGAUUUGGGAGCCAGCAGCCGACAUCUUCCGAUUCACCAUACCAAACCUUGGAUCGGAGGCAAGUAUUACCAAGAGAACCGUAUUGUCGGAGCUAGCAAAGAUUUUCGACCCACUCGGGUUGAUUGGUCCGGUAGUUGUACAAGCAAAAAUUUUCCUGCAAACUUUAUGGAAGCAGAAAUGUGACUGGGACGAUUCGCUACCGGAGGAGCUACAGAGGAUCUGGACCGAAUUUCGAAGGAAUCUCAUGGCAUUGGAUACUCUCACCGUACCCCGUUGGGUGUCAUUCUCCAACGAUCUUGCCACGGUAGAGUUGCAUGGGUUCUGUGACGCAUCAAAUGCCGCUUAUGGUGCCUGUCUUUAUCUUCGAUGUAUCACUAGCGAUGGUACAAUAACUGCUCGGCUUAUCACCGCCAAGUCAAGGGUUGCACCACUGGAAGACCUGAAGCGGAAAAAGAAAGUCCUAUCUACACCCCGACUCGAACUUUCCGCAGCUCUUUUAUUGAGCCAUCUAUACGAAAAGGUCCGCCAUAGCGUUCAGAUUACGUUCCAACCGUUCUUUUGGACAGACUCGACAAUCGUCAAGUAUUGGCUGGCUUCUCCACCAUCUCGCUGGCAAAUCUUCGUUGCAAAUCGUGUUUCGGAGAUCCAGCACAUUACUAGCAGCGGCGUAUGGAACCAUGUUGCUGGUGCAAAUAAUCCCGCAGAUAUUAUCUCGCGUGGAAUGACUCCGGCACAGUUAAAAUACGAAACGUUGUGGUUUGAAGGCCCACUCUGGUUGCGGCAGGAUCGUGCAAUGUGGCCCAGCUGUAUAGUCCCUCCACCAGAUAUCGAACGUUCUUUUUUAGAAGAACGAUCAACUGUUGCGCUGCCAGCUCGAGCGAAAUCGCCAAGCGAAUUAUUCGCUCUUCGAUCUUCGUUCACUGAUCUCGUUAGAUUAGUUGCAUACAUCCGUCGAUUCGUUCACAACUGUUCACCAAACAACCUCGCCAGCAAACGUUCAGGGACAAUCAAGCUGCAGGAGCUGAACGAAGCGACUGAAGUAUUAGUUCGCCUAGCCCAGGGGGAUAGCUUUCCCGAAGAAGUAGCAGCUUUGUCUCGCAGUCGAGAAGUAAAAACUUCGUCCAAGAUUCAUGCGCUCAAUCCUAUUAUGGUUGGGAAAACGAUUCGAGUUGGCGGCCGGCUUGCUCAUGCACCUAUCCCGGAGAGUCGCAAACAUCCGAUGAUUUUACAUCAUCGUCAUCCGUUUACCAAAUUAGUCGUGGAACACUACCACCGUAAACUUUUCCACGCUGGUCAGCAGCUACUCGUAGCUUCCGUCAGAGAAAAAUUCUGGCCCACAAACGCACGCGAUGUGGCUCGUACCGUCUGCCACAAGUGUGUAACAUGCUUCCGGAACAAGCCAACUGUACACGAGCAACUGAUGGCCGAUCUUCCGUCCGUUCGAGUCAACCCUGCAGCCGUUUUUCUGAAGGUUGGUGUAGAUCUGUGUGGUCCAUUCUACAUCAAAUAUCCAAUUCGUCGCAGCACACCAGUGAAAUGUUUCGUGGCGAUAUUUGUAUGUCUGGCAACGAAAGCCGUUCACAUGGAGGUUGUAGCGGAUUUGUCGACGCAAGCUUUCCUUUCUGCUUUCAAGCGAUUCGUUGCGGUUCGUGGAAAACCGCAGGUGGUCAUGUGCGACAAUGCCACCAAUUUCGUAGGGGCCAACAGAGAAUUGGAAGAGUUGCGCCUCCAGUUCCUAGACCAGCAGUUUCAGCAUACCGUAGUCCGUACAGCCGAGGAUGAAGGAAUUCAGUUCGACUUCAUUCCGGCCCGUUCGCCAAAUUUUGGCGGACUAUGGGAGGCUGCGGUAAAGUCGUUUAAGUGCCACUUUCGUAAGGUCGUUGGGAACCAGCAGCUAAGCUACGACGAGCUACACACUAUAGUUCAGCAAGUCGCGGCGAUUUUGAAUUCACGCCCGCUAACUCCUCUCACUAACGAUUACGCUGCACUGACCCCAGGACACUUCCUCGUAGGCAGACCUCUGACGGCAAUUCCGGAACGCGAUCUUCAGGAGAUACCGGAAAAUCGCUUGUCCGCCUGGCAGCAAUCACAAGAUUUCGUGCAAAAACUUUGGCGAAAAUGGAAGACCCAAUAUCUUUCGGACCUGCACAACAGGACCAAAUGGACCAAAAAGCGCAACAAUAUCAAGAUCGACACUAUGGUUUUAGUCAAGGAGGAUAACCUACCUCCACUAAAAUGGAAAUUGGGACGAGUGGCAGAAAUCUACACCGGUGCGGAUGGAAACGUUCGAGUGGUGGACGUUCGUACCAAAGAUGGGAUGUUCAAGAGAGCCAUUUCCAAAAUCUGCGUUCUUCCAAUUAAGGAUAACGCAUCCACAGACGAAGAGCAAUAA